AUGAGCAACCGCCUGAGAAGUGCGAUUUCGGCUACAUUGCUACAUGGAGGUGCUCCGGCUCCGCCGGCGGCAGAGCGGAGGGAACUGAAGGAUGCGAUGACCAAGUCUAUUCCUUCUUUCCAGUCCCUGUUGGAUUACGAGCCUCCGUCGGACUCCGGUGAUCGUGCUGAGCUAGAGGGAAUUGAAAUUCCCGACGGAUUUGAUGAGGAUUUGGCGUUGGAGAUGAGUCAUCGACUGCAUCUCAACGUGAGUGAUUGUAUGCGAUUUAUUCGGUCUGCAUAUCAAGAGUGGGCUUCCAUCGGUGGAAGUCCUCAAGACAUUAUCAAGCAUGCCGAACGAUUGUGGUUCAAGGAGAGGAGGGACCUGCUCGAAAAUUUGUAUACUAUUUUGAGGAUUCAAGUGCUUGGUCCUGUAGAACCUGAGAUUCGAUCUGAUAUCGCCAACUUUCUGGAAAGCAUUUUGCGUAGCGGGCUGAGACAGAGGAUUCUGUCUCUACUCAAGGAUGUUAAUAGAGAAGAACCAGCUGAGCUGGUUGGGCCUCAUUCUGAGCCCCGUGUUCUUGAUUCUAGUGGAAUUCUUGUCCAGCAGGAAGAUGUACUGUCCUUGGAGAAGCUCAUACUUGGGCAUUGCCUUUGCCUUUCUACAUUGGUUGUUGACUCACCUCAAGCUGAUAUUAAGGAAAUUUUGCUUUCCUUAAUAGAUUGCGUAUCUUAUCUUCACCACACAACACGACAGCAGGUUGCGUUUAGUCUUCUUUUCUCUAUUGUGAUCCCAUUUGUAGCAGAUUCUCCGAGUCCAUCUACACUGGAAGAUUCCUUCAAAAAUGAAUUUCUUGAAACUGUAAUGGCCACAGGACGUGAUCAAAAUGUUGAGGGUUUUCUUGGCUGCAUAAGAUUAGCUUGGGCAGCACACAUGAUAGUCACACAAGAUUUGGAUCACCUAGAUUCGUGUUUGGAGCUAGUUUUUAUGAACAAUGUAUUCCAGUUUAUAUCAGAUGAGAUUCUUUAUCAGAACCAUGAUGAUGAUGAUAUGAGCUAUAUAUACAACAUUUAUUUUGACAAGCUGAUCAGGUGCUUGGUAUCUGACCCAACUUUCCUACUAAAGAAUAAUCCAGAGAUGUUGUCUGGCAAUGAUGUGUUGUGGACAUUUGUGAAUGAGAUUGGAGAGGGAUCUCUAAAUGUUCACACCCGUGUUUCUUUCUUGAAUAUGCUGAGUUCAUUGGCCUCUAGUGAAGAAAGCACGUCAAUUGUUCUUCAGUUACUUAGGUGGAGUGAUGAGUUUGAAAAAUUCUUUGCUGACUUAUCAAGUUAUCAUGCUCGAUCCUUACAACUCUCAGAGGUGGAAGCAAAAGUACUUGCUUCAUAUUUGAAUAUUCUUCAAAAGGUUGUGGAACAUGGAAACUUCCUUGAAUUAAACUCAUUUGAUUAUGUAGAACCUUUAUUCAAGCUCCUUCUUUCUGAUGUGCCUCCUUUUGUGAAGGGCGCCUUAUUUGGGGCAAUAAAAGCCUUUGUACAUGUCUCCCCUGUCCUAAAAGAUAAAAUUUGGGAGAAACUUGAGGAGUAUGUGAAGAGUGGAUAUAUGCUAGGGGUACAUGAUAUGCAAUUUGAGCUGCAGGAAGUAGAAGUGAUGAUACAGAGCUAUCCUUCGACGAUUUCAUUCCUUGACCUGUUAAAUGCUCUUCUUCUGGAAGAAAGAGACUUGGAUUGUAUGAAGAAAAGAGCCUAUACAGAUCUUUCUGAGAAAUGGCAGCUGGUUGUUGCUUGCCUCCGGCAUUUUCAAAUGAUUUUGAGUCUGUAUGACAUCUCCGAGGACAACGUCAGCAGUUACCUUGUCAGCUCUCAGCAUUCCACAGUGAUCCCCAUGUUAGACUUUCUAGAAGAUUUCACAAACGGAAAUACUGUUUUCCAGAACAUUAUGCUUAUUCUUUCGCCGGGUGUGAAUGUGCUUAUAUCUGAGAGGACAAAUCAAGUGUAUGGGAAACUUUUGGAGAAGGCAGUCCAACUGUCUAUGGAAAUUAUAGUCCUUGUAUUACAGAACGAUUUGCUUGCAGAUUACCAGCUUCUAGAUGACAAUAUAAGUCAACCAGCUCCCAAUAUCACUCAUUUUCUGCUCCAUUUCGAUCUUGAGAGUUCUACUGGACAGAUUGUGUUUGAACCAAAAUUUCCUCACAGUUGUUUGAAAGUCAUUCUUGAAACUUUGGAGAAGCUUUCAAAGCUAAAUAUGUCACUUCAUGAAUCUGGGUUUAAGCUCCUUUAUAAGUUGUGCUCGGAUGCUAAGACACGCAAUCCUAUGAUGAAGCUGUUGAGGGGUAAAGAGUAUCUGUUCUUCGUAAAGCACCUAUGUGUUUGCCCUUGUCCUGAAGACUCUCUUUGCAUCAGUUCCCGCCAGGUUGCUUCCAUGAUUAAUAACUUGGCUGUCGAACUUUAUGCUGGCGAUGUCAGUAGAUCCACUGAUCUAGAAGCAUGUCGUAGCAUUCUGGAGAUCUGUUUGGGCAUGCAAAUUUUGAAAAUGCCAGGAGUAAGGAUUGUUGCUGCUGCUCUGACUACUUAUCCUGCCUGUGACAGCCAGAUGAGAAAGCGAUUGCGCCAGGUGGCACUGAUUUGCAUGAUCAAAUUAAGAGAUGAGAGAUUCUUAUUUCCUGAUGGUGACCUGUUAAAGCGUAUCUUGAGUAUUGUUGAACAGGAAUCAUCAGAAUCCUUUAGAUUGUGGAAAUACCGUCUACUUCUCAGCUUUUUCCAGUGCUGUCAACAUGCACUGGAUCCAGAUAUUGAGAUUGAUCGAGGUCCAGAUAGGGAGUUUGCAUUUGCUAGUUUCUCUGUGUUAAGGAAAGAAGCUCGAUCAAUCCUGGAUUUGGUUAUAGUGGAUGCGAAUGCAGGGAGCGAAAAGAUGAAGACAGUGGCCUUGUAUGUCUUAGAUGCCCUUGUGCUUGUAGAUGACGAGAAGUAUUGUUUACAGAGACUUCAGACCGCUGGAUUUCUCAGAGAUUGCAUUGAGAGUUUAUCUAGACAGGAGGUUGACUAUUCGCGUGAGUUGGAAGCGAAGCUUGCGUUAUUUUUGAGGAUUAGUCACACGUAUGGGACCUCCAGAGCUGAGCUUUUAUUUUCAAUGGGUAUCCUCCAGCAUUGUGGUUCAUGUAGGGUAGCGGAUAUCACUGCAAUGCUGAGAUUGGUAUUCAGCUUGUUAGUGUUGAUCGACAAGUAUGACGUUCUCGAGGUUGAGCAUCACAUUGUUCGGGAGGUUGCAUUGUUCAUCCAAAAGCAUAGCACCAUGUUUGAUGACCUUCUUUGGGGAGAAGGUGAUGCAGAACCACGGGAGUUAGCUCGCAGUAUUGUGAGUAGGGUCUGGCGAAUUGACAGUGCAUUUCCUUGUCGAGAUGUUGAUUCUCCACGACUUGACAGUGUGGCUCCCCACAAGGAGGUUGUUGCAGUAGCUAGAUGUUCUUCAUGGGUGUACUAUAGGUUGUUGCAGUAG